GCCUGGCCGCGCCGCCGCCACGCCGCGCUCGGGCUCGCCUCCGGGCUGGCUCUGUGCCGUGCGCGCCCACCAGCUGGGCGGCGUGGGGCCGCGGGGCCGCCCGAGGCCGGCGGAGCAGGCUGACCUUUCAGCCUCCCGCCGUGGUUUCUAAGGGGACACCCCUCGUCCCAGCCGCGCCUGCGCCGGGGCGGGAGGGUGCCCUCUCCCAGGACCCCCGUUUGCCUCUCUCCCUGCCCUGCUCUCCUUUCCCUCCUGCUUGCUCCUCUCCGGCCCGGAUGCGCCCGUCCCUGCCCAGCUCUGUUCCUGGUGGUUGCAGACCAUCCACAGCCACGUCUGGUGGCUGCCACGUACCCAUUGUGCACCCAGGCCCUUCGUAAGUGCUCGUUCCUGGGUGCUUUAGAUGGGCUCCAGCACUUAGGCUGGUCGGUGUUGUGGCCUCACGUGGAGAGCAGCAGGACUUCCAGCCAUCCAAGCAUCAGCCAGAGCAGCUGAGUCUCACGUCAACAGCAGUGAGGGCCACUUCCUGCCACCCACAGACCUGGCCUUUAGGCUGCUCUGAAGCCAAUGAACCCCAUGCACCCCGUGAAACCUGCCCUGCCCCCCACGCCACACGGUGAUGGUCCAUUUGCUUAUGAGGCGGUGCCUUGGCAACAGAGCGCCACUCAGCCGGCGGGAUCACUGUCUGUGGUCACAACCGUGUGGGGCGUUGGGAACACGGCCCAGAGCCAGGUUUUGGGGAACCCCAUGGGCCCUGCAGGGAGCCCCCCGGGUGGCUCUGUGAUGCCUGGCAUGGCUGGCAGCGGCUCAGCCCUGAAUUCCCCACAGUGCCUCGGACAGCAGGCAUUUGGUGAGGGCGCCGCCAACAAGGGCUUCGUGCAGCAAGGGGUGUAUGGCCGUGGGGGCUACCCUGGGGGCCCCGGCUUCACUCCUGGGUAUGCAGGCGGCCCCGGGGGCCCUGGGGGCCUGGGUCUACCCUCACAUGCCACACGACCCUCCACCGAUUUCACUCAGGCGGCGGCGGCGGCCGCGGUGGCUGCUGCUGCAGCCACCGCCACAGCCACCGCCACGGCCACCGUGGCUGCCCUCCAGGAGAAGCAGAGCCAGGAGCUGAGCCAGUACGGAGCGAUGGGGGCCGGGCAGGCUUUCAACAGCCAGUUCCUGCAGCACGGAGGUCCGCGGGGGCCCAGCGUCCCAAGCGGCAUGAACCCCACCAGCAUGGGAGGGCUGCUGGGCCCCUCUGGCCUGAGCCCCAUGGGCAUGAACCCCCCCCGGGCGGCAGGCAUGGCCCCCCUGUACGCAGGGCAGCGCCUGCCCCAGCAUGGGUACGCUGGGCCCCCACAGGCCCAGCCACUGCCCCGACAGGGGGUCAAGAGAGCCUAUUCCAGCGAGGUUUAUCCAGGGCAGCAGUACCUGCCAGGAGGCCAGUACGGGCCUAGUGCCACCCAGUACACGCCUGGCGCUGGACAGUCUUCUGCUCCCUCCUCCUAUGCCGGCCACCGGCUGCCCCUGCAGCAGGGCCUGGCCCAGUCCCUGCCCGCCCCCGGCCCUGCAGGACUGCACUACAAGCCCACAGAGCAGUUCAACGGGCAGGGCACCAGCUUCAACGGGGGGAGCGUCGGCUACAGCCAGCAUGGCCUGAGUGGGCCCACCCGUUCCAUCCCUGGCUACCCCAGCUCCCCACUGCCGGGGAGCCCCACGCCGCCCAUGACCCCCGGCAGCAGCGUUCCCUACAUGUCCACUAGCCAGGAGGUCAAGUCUCCCUUCCUGCCCGACCUCAAGCCCAGCGUGAGCUCCUUACACCCGUCACCCCCCGCCCCGGCAGCCUGCUCACACCCGCACGGCCUGCUCCCAGGCAGCGGCCCCUGCGACGAGCUGCGGCUGACCUUCCCCGUGCGGGACGGGGUGGUCCUGGAGCCCUUCCGCCUGCAGCACAACCUGGCUGUGAGCAACCACGCCUUCCAGCUCCGCGACUCCGUCUACAAGACCCUGAUGCUGAGGCCCGACCUGGAGCUGCAGUUCAAGUGCUACCACCACGAGGACCGGCAGAUGAACACCAACUGGCCGGCCUCCGUGCAGGUCAGCGUCAACGCCACCCCACUGACCAUUGAGCGCGGCGACAACAAGACGUCCCAUAAGCCCCUGUACCUGAAACACGUGUGCCAGCCAGGCCGCAACACCAUCCAGAUCACAGUCACAGCCUGCUGCUGCUCCCAUCUGUUCGUGUUGCAGCUGGUCCACCGGCCCUCCGUUCGCUCGGUGCUGCAGGGUCUCCUCAAGAAGCGCCUCCUGCCUGCCGAGCACUGUAUCACCAAGAUAAAGCGCAACUUCAGCAGCGGCACCAUCCCAGGCACCCCUGGGCCAAACGGCGAGGACGGGGUAGAGCAGACCGCCAUCAAGGUGUCCCUCAAGUGCCCCAUCACCUUCCGCAGGAUCCAGCUCCCCGCCCGCGGUCACGACUGCCGCCACAUCCAGUGCUUCGACCUGGAAUCCUACCUACAGCUCAACUGCGAGCGGGGGACUUGGAGGUGCCCUGUGUGCAAUAAGACAGCGUUGCUGGAAGGCCUGGAGGUAGACCAGUACAUGCUGGGCAUUCUCAUUUACAUUCAGAACUCCGAUUACGAGGAGAUCACCAUCGACCCCACGUGCAGUUGGAAGCCGGUGCCAGUGAAGCCAGACGUGCACGUCAAGGAGGAGCCGGACGGGCCCGUGCUGAAGCGCUGCCGCACUGUGAGCCCUGCGCACGUGCUCAUGCCCAGUGUGAUGGAGAUGAUUGCAGCCCUGGGCCCCGGGGCAGCCCCCUUCGCCCCCCUGCAGCCCCCCUCAGCCCCAGGUCCUGGUGACUACCCCAGCCAGGCUUCCAGCUUCCUGGGACCCGGGACUUUCCCCGAUUCCUUCCCACCCGCCACACCCAGCACCCCAGCCCUUCCGGAGUUCACUGCGGGGCCGCCCCCCAGCUCCUACCAAUCUGACCUUCCCAGCAGCCUCCUGACCCCAGAGAAGUCUACCCCCUGCCUCCCAGGCCAGAUGGCACCAGCGGGUCACCUGGACCCAGCCCACAACCCCGGGACGCAGGGCCUGCACGCCCCCAGCCUUGGGGGGCCCCCCGGGGCCCAGCUGCACCAUGCAAACCCUCCCCCAGCAUCCCGGCAGCCCCUGGGCCCAGUGAGCUCAGGCCCCCUCGGCGAGCUGGGCUUCAGUGCGGCCGCAGGCGUGAUGGGGCCCCCCAUGUCUGGGGCGGGGGAGGCCCCGGAACCGGCCCUGGACGUGAGUACGGGCCCCAUGCUGGGGAGCACAUGGGAGCUGGGGCUGGGGACAGCGUGUUCAUCGUCCCCAGGGUCCACGUGCUUCAUAGAAGGGAGGACACUGACGCCCCAGUGACCUCCAGACCCAGAGAGCUGGUCAGAUAGCGUCCACUCUCGCGACGCUGUCGGGCACCUGCAGUAGCCGUGGGGUUGGCUCUGGGAGCCUGUGCCAAGUGCCCGAGAAGACUGGGCUUGCAGCUGACCACAUCGGCUCGGGGUGGGAGUUGACCCGUCUGACUCACCUUGGCGUGUGAGCCAGAAUCAGCGUGUAAAACGCAGGUAACUGUCCUCCACCCGAAUAAACCAAACUCACUGAAGUUCAUCGCGAGAAAAGUUAGAGCAGCUCAAAGCAGCAAAUCCCGGACGCUGGAGAUUCCACCUCCUGCAUUUGGCGUGCUCUCGUCGGGGUCCCCGCACCAUCCCCAACUGCCAGGAGCAGCGCGGCCACCUGGGCCAGGCACUGCGUGUCCCGGGCUGUCCUCGGACAACUUGCGUGGAGUGAUUCCCGGGCAAAGAGCAGCCUUCGGCAGGGAGAGGCCCCUGUGCAGGCUGAGGGUCAGGGGCCCGUGCAGGGCUGUGCCGGGUCCGAGGCCAGAGCCGCUGAUGGCUUUGCUUUGUCCCCAGCUGCUCCCAGAACUGACCAACCCCGAGGAACUGCUGUCCUACCUGGGCCCACCUGACCUCCCCACAAACAACAAUGAUGACCUGCUCUCUCUCUUCGAGAACAACUGAUCCUGUAGAGCCCCCCCCCC